AUGGCAAAAGAUAUCGACGUCAAGAAGGUCGGAAAGAAGGGAGAAUUGGAGAUAUGGAGAAUAAAGAACUUCAAAUUGGAAGAGGUGCCCAAAAAAGAGUAUGGAAUGUUCCACAGUAAUGACACCUACAUCGUCCUGAACGUUCAAUGCAGGCGAGAGUCGUUGAACCUUGGCGACGUUUUCAUAUUGGAUCUUGGUAGAGACAUCUACGUUUGGAUGCCGAAGAAGAGCGGACGUCUAGAGAGAAUCAAGGUCACUUGA